GUGUCUUGGAUUAAAGAUUAAGGUUCCAGCUGGGUUUUAUCUGCUUCUGCUGGUUUUACUGGCUGCUGACAAAAUAAUUUCCUACUAAUAAAAAUAUACACGAAGGAAGUAAAAGAGAAGAAUGGAAAAACAAACAGUGCUGCGUCUGAAUCACGCGAAUGACACACACACACACACACAGUCGUCUUCAGGCAGUCUCAACAUGGACGCCCGGUUGGUCUGCAGCACUGUGAGUCUGCUGUUAUCUGUUACAGCAGUUUUGGAGGCAGGACUUUCACCUGUAACAGAGAAUCCCCCCCCCCCAGCAGCCCUCGGAGAUGACGGCUGGUCCAUGAUCGUGCAGUCGGAGGUACGAGCCACCGAGGGCUACCCGGUGUUGCUGCCCUGCACCUUCAGCCACCCGACGCACUCCCAGCAUUCCUCCCUGCAGGUGCUGUGGCGUCUGGGCCACGGCCAGGGCGCCACCGUCCUGUACCGCUGCACCAGCCGGGCCGGGGCCCCAACCUGCGAGCCGGGGCCCAAGCAGGACCAGCGCUACCGGCUGGAGGGCAACCCGAGGGAGCACGACCUGUCGCUGCGGAUCAACAGCGCCACCCUGCAGGACAGCGGACGCUACUACUGCCGAGUGGAGGUUCAGGGGCGAGAACAUGUGAGCUUCGAGGACAAGAUGGGAACCAGACUGAGAGUGGAGGCUCCUCCAAAGAUCCUGGAUCUGUCAGUGGAGGGCACUGAGCAGUCCGGGUACAGAGCCGUGUGCCGGGUCCAGGGCUCCCCGCUGCCGGACGUGCAGUGGCUCGGCCCGGACGACCUGCUGGAGGGUUCUCUGGUCGUUCCGAUGGCUCAGGGCUCUGCGCCACACUUCCACACCGUCAGCCAGCUGAGAGACGUGCUGCCGGGUCAGCAGUACACCUGCAGCGCCUCCAACCCUCGGGGCAGAGAGCAGGCCACCCUGUACGUCCUGACCCCCAAACCCCCGCCGGCCGUCCCCGGGGCCUCGUCCCCUCUCCUGCUCCUCCUGUCUGCGUCUCUGGGGGCAAAGGUCCUCCUGCUGCUGGCGAUGGGGGUGUGGAUGGUGCAGGGCGGAGCUCUGCAGGGAGUCAGCUGCUGGUGGAAAUAACCUGCGCUGAUGUUAUUUAAUGUGUUUACUUUAAGCAGCACGUUCUUUCAAGUCCCUUAUUCAGCAUCUAUAAGCACUAUAUUAACAUUUAAUAAAGGGUUAAUAACCAGCAGAUAAAAUAAACACUGUUUUUAUAUGUAUUUAUUAACAACAGGAAGUGGAUUUAAAACAAUAAAACACUGAGAAGCUAUAAUUACUGACAAAUACUGAACAUUAAUAAACAUUUUAAAUGUUCUUUUAUCGGCCUACAGCUACAUUAUAGUGUGUUACAGACCCUUUAUUAAAUGUUUGCACACUGUUUAUAAAUGCUUAAUACAGAAAGUGUAUCCACUUUGAUUGCCUGGUUUAUCUGUAUUUCUAGGGAAGACUUAUCAUUAUUAUUACCAUGUUUAUAUUUAAUUGCUAGACCUAAAAACAGUUUCAGAGGCUUCUUUGUCCUGAUAAACAUCCAAUAAAGUGCUGAAGGAAACACAUUUUUAAAUAAUAAAUAUGUUUAUUGAGAAGAAAUAUUGUCUUUUGGAAGGAGCCAUGUAAAGUGUAAUAAAUGAUUAUGUAAUUAUAAA